CUAUCAUGCAGAUUGAACGUGUCUACGUUGCUUUCACUGACUCAGUAGCCUCAACAUUAACAGAAAAGCUGAAAAACUCACAAUAAAUUUGUUAAACACAGUCAAAAUUAUAGUAAACAUAGACAAAGAACUAUCUAAUUGUACUCCCAGUGUGCGAGAGCAAGUCAAAAACAGCAGAGACAACAGCAAAUCAAAAUAUAUAAUUGAGAAAAAGAAGGUCGGCAGUGACAAACGGAAAUUGAGCUAAAAACAAAAGCGAGCGUCGUCGCACAGUAUUUUUCUUCGCUUCUUCGCGUGUGUGCGUGUGGGGAAGUGUGUGUGCCACCAAAAAAAAAAACAAAUAAUUCAACAAUUUGGUGGAGACCAGCGGAGUCCUCCUCUCAUUUGGGUGGUUGGAUCUGGGCGCAUUGUUGAAUGGCUGCUGCUGCUGCUACUGCUGAUUAUUGUUGUUGUUGUUUGUUUAGAUAAAUAGUUGCUGCGUUGGUCAAAAGCAGUAAAGACGACUCGCAACGGCAGCAGGCACAAGGACACGCGGCGACUGCGCACCCAGUGCUCCCGCAGGUCACGCAACAGCCGCAGCGCCCGCGCCAACUCCAAGCCACCGCAUCCCCCACUCAAGAGGCACAAAUCACAAUUGCUCCGUCGCUGGCGGCAACAGAAACAACAACUUCAACGCCGACACCAACAGAAGCAACAAUUAGCGGCAGCCGCCUUUGAAAUGGCCGUCAAGCAAAACAACACCGAACAGCAAAAUGAUGGUGCACCGGGCGGAGGAGGAGGAGCAGGAGCGGAUCCUGCAACAGCAACAUCAACGUCAAACGUGCCGGGCAGCAACAACAAUAUCUCAGACAAAGGCGGCGGUUCCAAUGAUGCCUCCAAUGGGAGCGAUGCAUCGCCAAAAGCAGGCGGCUCCGAUUCAUCGGAUAGACAGCAUGAUAUUAAGGCACUGCUGCGGAUCAUGCAGAUCAUCAAUCCGGAGGAGCAGCAGGCGACGCUGGUGAUCUAUCAUCAUGUCAUCUGCAAGUUGGCGCGCAUGCCGAUGAGCACCAAGCCCGAGGAUCUGAAGCGUUUCAAGGAGGAGAUCAACAAGGUGGGCAACUAUCUGGCGAUGCCCAACAAGAAGAGCUAUCUGAUGUUCUAUCUGCGCAUCGUCUACCAACUGAUCACCGAAACCGCCUACGAGCCCUCCUGUGCCGUUGCGAUUGUCUUUCAGCUGUUCAGUCCGGACCUGAUCAUUGAGGCGGUGCAGUCGCUGCUCGAUCAGGAUGUGCAGGAUGACAGCAUACGCAAAACGGUGGGCUUGCUCUGCAAGUGGAUAUGUUUCUGCAACUUUUGCCAGAAUCUCAAUCUGUGGAUAAUGGCGCUGUUGCAGGGACUGCGCGAACAGGAGAAAUAUCUGCUGCUCGACGAGAUUGCAUUGGACAACAUCGAGAUGCUGUUCUGGCCAAUGAUCUUACCCGCAAUGCGACCCAAAGUGGCGCCUGUUGUCUUUCACAUGCUCUCAACCAUCAAUCAGGCGCCGGAGAUAUUCCACAAGAUAUUGCCAAAGAUACCGCCGGUGAUAAACUCUUUGAAGAAUCAAUCGAAUAGCAUGGAUGAAUCGUCCUAUUUGCAAAAAAUGGUCGAUCUGACCAAUGCGCUGAUGAUGCGCUUCUACGACAACGAUGAGCUCUACGCGCCCAUCAAGGCCGCCCUCCAAAUGUACGAGCCGUCGCAGAACUGUGUCGUCCUUGCCCGUGCCCUCUUCGAGAAUGCCCUGCCACGCAACGCCCGGGUCGGUCUGGUCAAUCUGGGCAACACCUGCUAUAUGAACAGUGUGCUCCAAGCACUGGCCAUGACCAGCGAUUUUGUGCGUCAGAUUCUACUGAUUGAGAGCGGCUCGUUGCUGCUGCUGAAGGUGCAGCAGCAGAUUGCGUUGAUGCAUCAUUCGAUGCGUUACGAGCUGACGCCGUCGCGUGUGUUGAAGGCGACACGUCCGCCGGGCUUUACGCCCGGACUGCAGCAGGACAGCUCGGAGUUCCUAGGCUAUUUGCUGGAUCUGUUGCAUGAGCAUGAGAUCAAUAGCGGGGCGCACAAUCUGCAGCACAUGGACACGGAUGUUGUUGGAGGCCACCAGGCCAAAGAGUUGAAGGAUGCCAGCGAACCGGCUGCCUCCCUAACGGAUGAGAUAGUGGCCGCUGGCGUAAUACCCUACAAUAGCAACGAUCAUGAGAUCUGUGCCGUGCACAAUUCGAGGCCAAAUGCACCCGGGGCUAUCAGCCCAGCCACGCCCACAGCUACGCCCACCAAUGCACAGCAGAAGAAGCCGCCGUCGACCAUCGAUAAAACGUUCGCCGGCAAAUUGUCGACGACGUACAAAUGCCUGAACUGCGGCUGGGAGAGUCGCAACGAGGAUAGCUUCCGGGAGCUGCAACUCUCAUUUCCGGAUGACAAGGACGACUGUGGCGCAGCCAAUUACUCGGUGCAAGACCUAAUCGAUUACUACUGCUCGCCCGAGAAACUCGACGGCGACAAUCAGUACUUCUGUCCGCGCUGCAAGAAACUCUGCGAUGCCGAGCGGCGCAUCGGGAUCACCCAGGCGCCCCGCAAUCUCAUCCUCACGCUGAAGCAGUUCAAGUACGAUCAGAAGUACCAUUUUCGCACCAAGCUCAUGCACAAGGUGUUCCACGAUGAGAGCGUGAACGUCAAGGUGUGCUCCACGGACUCACUGCAGGAGACGUGCACGGUGCACUAUGAUCUAUAUGCGGGUGUGGUGCACGCCGGCUACAGCAUGGAUUCAGGUCAUUAUUUCACGUUUGCCGCGGAUCAGUCGAAGAAUUGGUUCAAAUUCAAUGACAGUCUGGUGACCAACUCGAAGCCACAGGAGAUGCACAGCCUCACCUCGCCGAAUACUCCGUACAUAUUGUUCUAUCAGAUGUGCGGCCGAUCGACAGAAACGGCGCCCGAUGGACCAAUGCAUCCGAUGGUGCCGGUGCCGCUGAUCCCACCACUGACGCUCGACGAGCUGCCGCGCACGUUGCGCGACUAUGUCAAGCAGGAUAAUCGCGACUACAACGAGGAGCUGAAGAUGCAGCGGUUCAAGCGCAACGCCAAGCGCAACAAUGUCAGCAGCAAUGGGACGAUGACAAGGAACGGCUACGACGGCGACGACGAGGAUGACCAGUCGCCGCCGCCAGCUGGCGGCUGUGGUGGCCCCGAUCUGGCCAUGAACAUGAAUCGUUUUGUCUACUGAUCCUGUGAGUAAGUGUGUGUGGCUGGAAGAUCGGUAGACCGCCACAUCAGCAUAUAUAUAUAUGCAUAUAUAUAUAUAUAUAUGUAUAUUACUAUACUAUAUGUGUGUGCUAAGCGAAAAAUA